CGGCGGCCGGUACCGGCAGCCCAGAGGCAGGCCUUGAGUGCCCGCCGCUUCCAGCCCCGUUCCGCCCCUCGCCUGCGUCCCGCCCGCCCCGGGGCGGUGUGGUGUGAGCGGAUCCCGCUGCUCCCCCUUCGCGUCGCGGCUGCCGCUUCCCUCGCCCUCAGCGGGGCGCGGAGGCCAUGUUCCCCACUGACUCCACCUGGAAUAUCUCCUUCGCCGGCUGCGGCUUCCUGGGGGUCUACCACGUCGGGGUAGCCAGCUGCCUGCAGGAGCAUGCCCCCUUCCUCGUCGCCAACGCCAGGAAAGUCUACGGUGCCUCAGCCGGGGCGCUCACCGCCACCGCCCUGGUCAGCGGCGCCUGCCUAGGUGAGGCUGGUGCCAGCAUUAUUAGAGUGUCAAAAGAAGCCCGGAAGAGGUUCUUGGGCCCACUCCAUCCAUCUUUCAACUUGGUGAAGAUCAUUCGGCUCUGCCUGUCCAAGACUGUGCCGGAGAAUGGGCAUGAAGUUGCAGCAGGACGUUUGGGUAUUUCCCUGACACGAGUCUCUGAUGGAGAAAAUGUGAUACUGUCAGACUUCCAUUCCAAGGAGGAGCUCAUCCAGGCCUGUGUCUGCAGCACCUUUAUCCCUGUGUACUGUGGGCUGAUACCUCCAACCUUGCGUGGAGUGAGAUAUGUUGAUGGAGGGAUUUCUGACAACUUGCCACGAUAUGAGCUGAAGAACACCAUUACGGUGUCUCCAUUCUCAGGAGAGAGUGAUAUCUGUCCACGGGACGGUUCCACAAACAUGCAUGAGCUGAGAGUCACCAAUACAAGCAUCCAGUUCAACCUUCGCAACCUCUACCGCCUCUCAAAGGCCCUGUUUCCUCCAGAGCCACAGGUGCUGCGGGAUAUGUGCAAGCAGGGCUAUCGGGAUGCACUGCACUUCCUGAAGAAAAAUGGACUCCUUCAUCGUCCAAGUCCUGCCCGUCCUCUCCUCGCCAUAGAAGCCCCUCCAGGCGAGAAGAAAGAGGAAGAGACAGAAGGCGAGGAUGAGCUUGAGGACAAUACUGCCCUUGCUGUUGUUGAAGAGCACAUCUUUGAACACCUGCCUCCCAAACUGAACCAAGCUCUUCUGGAGGCUUGUGCUGAAAGAAGAAGUUUCUUGACUGGCAUUACCAACAUGCUGCCUAUACGUGUGGCCACGGCAAUGAUGGUCCCUUACAUGCUGCCUCUGGAGUCUGCCGUUUCCUUCACUGUCAGGUUGCUGGAAUGGCUCCCAGAUAUCCCAGAGGAUAUUAGAUGGAUGAGGCAGCAAAUGACUGAAAUCUGCAACUAUCUUGUGAAGAAAGCCAAGAAGAAACUGGGCAGCCACCUUUCAGCCAGGCUUUACUAUCACCUCGAGCUUGGAGGGCCCCAGACCAUGCCAAUUUCUUCCACACCACCUUGUGGUGAAGCCCUGCCGAUGUGGAUGAGAAACAACCGUUCCCUGUCUGAUGUCAUGAUGAAGUGGGAGGAGUACCAGCGCCAGCUCAUGCUGGGCUUACUCUGCAUCAACAUGGACAUGCAGGCCUCCUUCUUCCCUCGGGAAGGGUUUCCUAUAAAGCUUCCACCUCUAGACUGUGCGAAAGAGUGCCUGCCGCUCUUCUGAGCCUGCUGCUGGGAGGGGAUGAGGGUGGGUGGGAAGGGGAGCGGACAUAGGGUGAGACCAGUCUCAUCCCUCAGCAGCAGGCUGCCCUGUGCUCCUGAGUAUGCUGCAAAGGGGAUUUCCCUGGGAUGGAGACUGGUGGAAUUGACUGUAGCCAUUUGUUGCCCACUGGGCCAGGCAAGGGAUCUCCGUGUUCAAGGACACACGCGAGCUGGUACCUUGCUCUAGACCUGUGUUGACACCUGGCCGUUGCCUGUGGCCAGGCUGAUGCUGACCCAGCUGAGCUUUCCCAAAUAGUGCACUUUAAAUUGCUAUUGGCUUUUUACCGCCAAAUAAUUGGGACGUAGAUGACGCUCUCAAGUUCAUACAGCUUUUAGCUUCCUUUGUUUUUUAGAGCGUUAGUCUUGGGGUUUUUCUUAAAUCAUCUGUCAUCCCUUGGCUCUUUGUGCUAGGGGAAGAUGAAGUAGCUUCUUGCCAAACCAAUUUUUCUCAUGCUUCCAGAUCUGCUCCUGACUUUCUUUGCUGAAGCCACGUGCUUUCCUCUGUUCCUUAACUGCAUCCCCACUGGAAGCCAGAGCUGGCCCUGCUGCAGACUCUGCUGGAACUGCAAAAAUGUAAAAAAAUCCAUGUAUUUACCCAGAUUCAUGUUGUCAUGAUCUCUCCCUUUUUUAUUUUUGUCCUCUUGGAACUGCUGCAGCUUGAACCCUUGAGUGUUAAGUCAUUGAACUUGAUUUAAAAAGUAAUUUAGACAGAACUUUUCUAGGGAAACACGUUGAGGUUGAGGCCCCGUUCCUAGCACUGAAUGGAAUUCUUGUGGGGUUGCCCUGGAAAAGCUCAGCUUAACUAUCUCGGGAUCAGCUUAGCAGCUGAAACAAUGCGAAGGGCUUGUAGGAAGGUGAGAUUGUGCAGGGCACGUUACUGUUGAGUGGCUUGUGGUGGGAGUGUCACAGCAAGUGCUGGGGCAGUGGCUGCCUCUGACAGGGGUCAGGCUUUGCUCCUUAAGGGACCGUACAGCUGAAGGAAACUCUCAAAUGAGUGGUGCAAAAGGGAUCUCCUGCCAAACUGGGACUUGGCUUAGUCUUUUGCUCAGAGUUUGGACAUCGAGGCUUUGGAGUGAGAGAGAUUUGGGCUUUGUAGCUGUACCAGCCUCACAGCUUGGCUGUCUCGCAUUGUGGCUCACAGGUAGAGCUCUGCAGCUGGCAAUAGCGGGAGCAUGAGAAGCGGAAGCGAAGUGAGGACUGUUGGUGCACAUGCAGCCUGCUUGGAACUGGCUACUUUUAUCUUGUCCCUUAAAAGACCAGAACCGGUAGGUCUGUAGCAGGGCAGGACUGUGCCUUCUAAGGUACUGCCUUCUCGGUGGUCUGGUUGUGACUUCCUUUGCAGAGGCAUGAACUCUGUUCUUCGCAGGGCAAGACACGGCUUCCUGUGGGGAUUGCAUGUACUUAAGCUUAAGUCCUUGCACUAUGCCACAAAAUCAUCUUCUGGUAUUAUCUUUUUCUGCAGCGUGUCUAGCUGCAUGAGGCGUCAUCUACCUCUCCUAGCACAAACAGUAUGCAAGUGGCCAAAGCAAACACACGCUGUCUUUGCUGGGGAGCAGGAUAGGAUAGCUGAAGCUGAUUACAUAGCCUAUACAUUGAAUAGUGAUUUAUAAUAGACUCUUUUGCACCUUUGAUUUAGAAAGGAAAAAUAACCCCAGUUCUACUAAUAGCUGGAGAAAGUAGUGAAUCUGCUCAAUCACAUCUGUAUGAGCAGUGUGGGUGAGGUGGUGGGUGCUGUUUCCUACCAGCACGAUCCUGCACUGGGCAUGGGUUGGUUGGUUUGUGGUAGAGACCGAUAAGCAUCGGGACUUUUCUGCAGUGGCUGUUGCAAGCUGGGAGGCAAUAGAUGGGGCAGCUGUGGUGCUAACCAACUGUCCGGGAGAUGCCGGUGCAAAUACAAACCUGUGACUUAAAAAUCACCCCACUGCCCUUCCUGGAUAGUAACCUACCCAUGUAACACAAGGGCCUGCAUAUAGCUUACGAAGCAGGCCUGCACUUAGGCAGUCAGAUUUAGUCUUAAGCUUCACAUAGUUAGGGCAAUCAGGGAACAGGGAAGUCGCUACAGGAAGAGAAAAAAAUUGGAGGAUUCUGACACCAGAAUAGGAAUAGUGGAUUAUAAAACAAGUCAAUUUUGUGGUUGUCUAAAGCCUGCAGAAAAAGCUUACUGCUAGAUGGAUGUAACUAACUGAAGUGAACCAGCAGCAAGCUACUGGCAAUUAGUGGGAACAGGAUGACUUUGAUAAAAAAUGGAAUUGAGAAAAGGUGUUUACUUUGUGGUUUGGUGUGGGAUUUCUUUUUUUCCACUGCUUUGGGCUGCUUUCUUUGGGGGAAUGGCACAGGCACAGUGCUUAGUUUGCCGAAUGCAUAUCUCGCGUCCCCAAAGCACACGGAGCAAUUGGCAAGAACAUGUAGAUAUUUAGUGGCAAGAAAUGAAGGCAUUUCAUCCAGUAGCAAAACAUCUAUGAUGGGCAAAGCUAUAUAAAGAAAAUCUUGUGCUGCCCUUUUGACUCUGCCUUGUUUGUGCUAAUAUAAGGGUGGAGAAAAUGAUGCAACUGUUUGUUGGGUUUUUUUAUCCCUUCUUCCUGGACUGGUAAAACCACUGAGUGAUUAUGUAAACCACUAAACUAUGAAACAAAAUUCUCUUGGCAACAGAGUGCGCUAAGAAAUUGCAGCUUGGCACCCUUAUCCCCUGGAUCUCCUCUGUUCUCCUUUUGCAUUAGAACUGACUGGGCUGGUGCCACUGUCUUCCAGUGCUCUGAUCCAGAAGGCUUGCUGGUUCUGGUCCAUGCAUUUCAAGAGACUAACAGUUUUAUUUUGUGUCUCACCUCGCCUGUCAUUUAUUUUAUUGCGUUAACCUCUCAAAGAGAAGCUUUUGUACACUUCAAACUAUAACCACAAACCAAAGCCUGGCUUUAAAUAUAAGGCCUAACUCUUCAGGGAGGAAACUCCUGUUUUCCCUAUGCUAAUUUGCAGGGUGUGAACGGAUACUGGGAAAACACCACUCAGUAUUAACCCUUUUUCUGCCUGUGUUUAUUCCCCAGGUGGUGCGGUGGCUGUUGUGUGAUAGCUUGUUGGCAUUAUAGAUUUAAGCUCUGAUAAAGGAACUGCAGAUCAAAAAUACCUCAAAUUACCUUCUGCUUCCUUAAAAGAAGUUUCACACAUCCACUUGAAAUUCUUGCAAUCUGUGAUGAAUGAGCAGCAAAGGAUGAAGAAAAUGGGGAAGACUUUCUUGCCCGCUAAUGCAGAAAAAGGGCUGUGGCUGCUUUUGAAGAGCAGCUUUUUUGUUUUGCAGUGCUGCCUUGUCUAGGUCAGACCCCGCUUCUUUGAAAUCCCUGGAAACCUCAUGAUAGGCUCUGGACUGGAUGUGGAGGGGUUUAUUGUGAUAGUUGUAACGGGAGUUCCUCAAGCCUUUGUUCUGCAUGUACCUUAUGGCAUGUGUUCUCUUCUGGGCCACAGCUGAUUAACCUACCCUUGCGCAGCUCAUAGGAACGAGGUAGCCAUCUGGAGCAGCCGGUCCCAAAAUGUGUGGCUGGGCAGCCCAGCGGGCGGUUGCCAGGGCUUGUCCGCUCUCCAGUAUGCAGCGGUUGGGAGGUCAGGUUCCUGGACCAAAAGCUCAUCUUGCAGUCCAUGUCCAAUUCUCCUUAUAGCAUUCACAUGAACUCUGCAAGCAGAGUCCCAACCCUUGCCGUUUCUACCGUUUCACAGAAAGGGUCUGUGCAUUCAGGAAUCCACUUUUUUUUUCCCCCUCCGUCCUGUGGUACUAGUUGCUGCUUUUAACAAGGCUAAUGGCAAACUUCUGGUGCAUCUAACCAGCCCCUAACCUGUACAACGCCGUAGUUUUGUGUUGUGUACAACGGUCCGUAUCUAUGGCAUGGUCUGUAAGCUGCAAUUUGUGUGUGUUAUGUUUGGUUUGCUGCCUGCCCUACUGCUAAUACUGUUGCAAGGUGAUUUUUUUUUUUCAAGGGGUACAAGGAAAACACUUCUGACCACUAUCUAUAGGACCUAGGAGCUGUUUUCUUGUGACUUCUUGGAGGGCUGUAUACCUGCAGCACUCAGACCAGAGAAUAAAAGAGAACCUGCUGUCUGGCAGCACUAGGGUGUCCCUAGGACUUGUUGUAUGUUUCCCAGUGGUUUUGUCAGUUUUAAAAAAUGAAUCUAGUAAUUCACUCCUUCCUCUGAGAGAAGAGCUCUCAUGUUUGCCUCAGCGGUUGUGGGAGAAAUACCUGAAACUCCGUGCAUAUCCCUUAGGGGUCCAUUUCUGCUAAGCACAUGCUAGAUGUGGUGGGUGGCAGGGCUGAGCAUUGCCAAAGUCAGAGGGUCUCACCAACUGUUUUCUCAAGCUUUGUUUCAGUCUUCCUCUUAAAUCCCUGAGAGAAUGGACCACUUCACCCGGCUGCCUCAUCAGCCGGUUGGUUUGUGCCAAACACACCGUGUGCCUUUACGGUGGGCUCCGGCCUGCCUGCCUUCGGUGUCCCUGUGGUGUCUGAAUGCAGCAGUACUUGCUUCCCCUCUCCCCUCCCUUCCUCCUCUUGCCUACUGGUGGGAUGUUGCUGUCUUUCCAUUCUGCCAGCAGCUCCACUCCUACAGUCUCUUAACUGCAUCCAUGGGAUGGAUCCACAUCAGCUCUCCUGAACGGGGAGAGGGGGGAAGGAAACCUCUAGUUCCGGAAGAUUUAGAAAUGUAACUGAAAUAAACACCAUAUUCUUCUGGGGGUUUCUCUUGCUCUUGAAAACAGCACCUAAAGCAGCUCUUUGAGCUAAAUGCGUCCUGGGACUCCACUGCUGUCACUGAGUUUAAGACGACCCUUAGGCACGCAAUGCACGCGGAGAUCCUGUGGAAAUCCCUGAUGUCAGAGCAGCAACUAGCCCAGCAAUAGCAUACGCAAGUCAUGUAUUUACACAGCAAUGUCACUAAGUAGUGUUCACAGUCACUUUAAGAGUUCAGUAUUAAAUUGUUGAUCCUUUUUUUCCCCCCCUCCUGUUUCUUUUUUCUAAAGUUUUGCUGAAGAACAUGUAACUAUUUAUUUUGGCAGAAAUAUACCUUCUAAUAAAAACAUUCUCGAUGUA